AUGGAUGAUACAUUUACAGAUAAUCUUUUUUCGUUAAAAAAUGAAGAAUUCUAUACAUUUAUUCAACAAUUAGUUGGACAACAAAUAGUAGAUGUCUUGAAAUUUCAAUCAAUAACAUCUACACAAUCUUUAAUUCGAAAUCCAGAUAUAUUUGAAAUAUUUAAUAUGAAAUGUUCAGAGCCUAGUUUCUUAUUAAUUAGAGAAAAAUCAUGUUUGCAGCUCGAUGAUGGUCAAUUUAUUAACUUGGUUCUUUAUUAUCAACGAAUUGAUAAUGAUAAUAAUAAUAAUGAAGAUAAAUAUUGUUUUUUAAAAGAGUUUAUUGAUACAAUAACUAGCAAUUUAACAAAGUCUGGGACUGGUUUUCGAUAUAGCGACCAAAUCAAGAACUUUGCUUUAUCAUUAUAUAUACUAGGUGGAAAAUUAACAUAUGAAUUCAUUCGAUUAAAUUUGCCAGGCUCUCUACCGAAUUUAACUAUGUUAAAUAAAUUAAUUUCCAAGUCAGAUUCAAAAAUUAAUGAAGGAGAAUUACGAUUUGAUCAACUUCAAAAACAUUUUGAUCAACUUAAUAUUCAAUAUGCAUUCGGCUCUGAAGAUGCUACCGGUAUAAUUAAAAAAAUAAAAUAUGACUCAACAACAAAUACAUUCAAUGGGUUUUCUACACCACUUGAUUGUGGAGUACCGAUUAAAGAAUAUUAUCAAACUGAUUCAUUUGAUACAUUGAGAAUCUGGUUUAAUUCAAUUGAAAAAGCAUCAUUACUCAAUGUACAUAUGGUUCAGCCUAUUCCAGCUUCAAAUCAAAGUAUUAUUCCAAGUCCUUUUCUACUAUCAGCAUAUGGAAUUGAUAAUACCGCUACAGCAAAUGAUAUAUUACAAAGAUGGUGGUAUAUAUUCAACCAGUGUUUACAAAGAAAUAUAAGAAUUAUUGGUUUUUCUACUGAUGCUGAUGCUAAAUACGUACGCGCUAUGAGAUUAAUGAGUGGUUUUUUCGGAUCUCUCCCUAAUUUUCAAGUUCAUCGACAUCCACAAGCUUUUGAAAUAAAAACAACGUCACAUUGGCCUUGGUUUUAUUUACGUGAACAACAGGUUUUAUUAUUUUUUCAAGACGCAACACAUUUGGUAACCAAAUGGCGUAAUCGUUUAUGA